CAAUAUCUAUGGGGGGGAAAUAGAAACAGGGAGAGAGAGAGGGACAUCGCUGGAUAUGAAGAGCAUGCGUCAGCAAUAAGGCAGGGCAAACAAGAGCAGUUAGAGAGAGAGAGAGGGAGAGACAGCAAAGAUGAGCGAGGUACAGCGAGAGACAGAUUGAGGGUAGAGGUUAUUACUGUGGCGCGAGAUGGGUCGACAGAAAUAGAGUCUGCUGGAUUUGUCACCUCCAGUGCCACACCUUGGCUGCAUCAUCCCAAUGCUCCUUCCUGGCUGCAGCAGCUUCUACACAUGGGAUUUCCUUGUCUAGGAGGACAAUUAAUGACCAGUAAAUUAAUUUGGAAUGAUCGGUUUAACACCUCGGAUGCUCUCUGAAGAUGUAAGCCCCUGGCAUGUGAAAAGGACAAACUGUACUGUCUUUUAUUGAAUUGGAUUGUCUUCUGUUUUUCUUCAGAAGAGGAAGAAUCCCUGCCUGCCCACACAACAAUGCAAAAAUAGGGACUAUUUCAUUCAGCAUCAAUAAUUGCUGUCUGCAGCUUGCCAGAGCUAUUUCCAUAAAGAUAAGCACCUGUGUUUUUACAGACUGGUCAGUCAGUGAACACAGCCCUGUUAUCACCGUGCGAACAUGAGGAACUCAUUGUCUGGCCAUUUUCAAGGAAAGCUGACUCAACCUAAAUGAGGAAGACAAUGAAGGUGGGCGUAUUGGAGGUAUACAGCGGCAGCACAGUUAGUCGAAUGAUUAGAGAUAUUGUGCUCAGCUACCUGAAAUAAUGCAGUGCUGUACUGUGCAUGACAUGCAGAAUACUGUACUUGUCUUCUAAUGACAGGACAGACCUCAAAGCGGGCCAACAGACCUGACUGACUGUGCGUGGGUUGCUCACUGACUGGAGCUGUGGCUAUUUGAGGACUUUAAGGACACGUAGCCCCGGGCAGGUACUGGCCGGUGUUGGAGCCCCACCAUGGGGGAGACGGCAGAAUACCAGAGGCUGCAGGAGACGUCAGAGUCUGACUACCAACGCCUGCCCAGCGAUGACGAAGAGAAACUGGGCAGUAGCAUGCAGUGCGAGGAAGGCACAGAAUGGCUACUGGAGCUGCUGAUGGAGGUGCAGUUGCAGCAGUACUUCCUGCGGAUCCGGGAUGACCUUAAUGUCACACGGCUGUCACACUUCGACUACGUCAAGAACGAAGAUCUGGAGAAGAUCGGCAUGGGUCGACCUGGGCAGAGACGACUGUGGGAGGCUGUGAAAAGGAGGAAAGCCAUGUGCAAGCGCAAGUCCUGGAUGAGCAAGGUGUUUAGUGGUAAGCGCCCAGACGGAGGAGACUUCCCCCAGCAGGGCCAGCCGGCCUCCUCCUUUCGUAAGCUGUCUCCCACACCUCCACUGGGCCUGGGGGAGGGAGUCCUGGCCACACAGCCCGAUGGUGGUGCUCCUCUUGAUGGGCAGCAGCAGGCUCUGACCUGCCUCAUCCCAGAGAAGGAUCUGACGCUGUUUGAGAAGCUGGGGGACGGCUCCUUUGGUGUAGUGAAAAGAGGAGAGUGGCUGACGCCCGCAGGAAAGGUGCUGAACGUAGCUGUGAAGUGUCUGAAGACAGAUGUGCUCAGCCAGCCCGACGCUCUGGAGGACUUCAUCUGUGAGGUCAACGCCAUGCACUCCCUGGACCACCAGAACCUCAUUCGCCUCUACGGUGUGGUGCUCACACACCCAAUGAAGAUGGUGACUGAGCUGGCUCCCCUGGGUUCUCUGCUGGAGCGUUUGCGAUGUGUUCGUCCACAGGGCCCAGUGUUGAUCCACACUCUGUGUCAGUAUGCCGUACAGGUGGCCUGUGGCAUGGCCUAUCUGGAGCAGAGGAGGUUCAUCCACAGGGACCUGGCAGCCAGGAACAUCCUGCUGGCCUCAGCUCACAGAGUGAAGAUCGGUGACUUUGGCCUGAUGAGGGCACUGCCCAACAACCAUGAGCACUAUGUCAUGCAGGAGCAUAGAAAGGUCCCCUUUGCAUGGUGCGCCCCAGAGAGUCUGAAGACCAGAACGUUCUCCCAUGCUACAGACACAUGGAUGUUUGGAGUCACUCUCUGGGAAAUGUUCACACAUGGCCAGGAGCCUUGGCUGGGCCUCAAUGGGAGCCAGAUUCUGCACAAGAUUGAUAAAGAAGGUGAACGCCUCCCUAAGCCCGAAGACUGUCCGCAGGAUACCUAUCAUGUUGUGCUGCAGUGUUGGGCUCAGAAACCAGACGACAGACCCACCUUUGUCGCCCUGCGUGAGUUCCUGCUUGAGACCAUGCCCACAGACAUGUGUGCUCUGCAGGACUUUGAUGAGCCUGACAAACUCCAGAUCCAGCUCAAUGAUGUCAUCACUAUCAUAGAGGGGAGGGCUGAGAACUACUGGUGGCGAGGUCAAAACAAGCGGACCCUUAAGGUCGGACCGUUCCCUAGAAACGUGGUGACAUCAGUAGCGGGUUUAUCAGCUCAUGACAUCAGCCGGCCGCUCAAGAACAGCUUCAUUCACACAGGACACGGAGACACCAACCCUCAUCGCUGCUGGGGCUUCCCUGACAGGAUUGACGAUUUGUACCUCGGUAAUCCCAUGGAUCCUCCUGAUGUCCUUGCUGUAGACCACAGUGGUGCUCGGCCCACACAGCUUCUAGGACAAGCUAAAAAGGAGCCUCCUCCCCGCCCUCCUCAGCCAGCACUGUUAAUCAAGAGUAAGUCUGGUUUCUCUCAGCAGCUCCUCACCCAUUGCUCCUGCCCUCUCUGUUCCCUCCUAGCACCACUCCUCAAAGAACCUUGCUAUGAUUCAGUAAACGAUGAUGAGGAUCUGACUUCGGCAGGACUAAAGAGAUUAUCACUUCGGAAAACGGGUUCCGUCAAAGGCUUAAAACUAAAACCCGCUGCAUGGGUCUCUGCUUGCAAACAGGUGGGUGGCCGGACUUUAGGCUCAGGCCACAACCACAACAGUGAAGUGUCCCUCAUUGACUUUGGGGAGGAGUUCCCUCCACCCACACCAUCCCCCUCCCCUGUGGUUGAAAUCCAGAUUCCUUUACUGGCAAAGCUAGCUUUGGAAGCAGAGAACAUCCUGGACCGGACUCCACCUCAGAGUCCGUCCAGAUCGCUGCCCCGCCCCCUUCACCCUACGCCAGUAGUGGACUGGGAUGCCCGGCCAUUACCCCCACCCCCCGCCUAUGACGAUGUGGCCCAAGACGAAGACGAUAUGGAGGUGAGCUCCAUCAACAGCUCAGAGCAGCAGCAUGAAAAGGAACAGAGUGAUGUCCAUAACCCAGAUCAGGCUCUCUUCUCUGGACAGAAGGGGGAGAGUGAGGCUCUGGUCUCCAGGGGUCUAGACAGAUCAGGCCUGGAGGACAACCUCUUUCUCCCCAGCAGGCAGAGUCAGGUUCUGUCCACCUCCUUCUCCCAGUCAGCAGAGAUCUUCCAAGAACUCCAGCAAGAGUGCAUGAGGAGACUAAAUGUACCGACUGGAAGUGCCACACGGUCAAGCUCCCCGUCCCAGAGCUCAGCCACAUGUUCCCAGAAUCCACAGACCCACGAGGGGCACCAGCAGAGUGUCUUCUCCUCCAAUGAGGACAGACCCCAGAUCCCCCCACGUGUCCCCAUACCCCCUCGCCCCAUAAAGAGGGGCGACUACACAUCUUCUCGCUGGUCAAGGGAUCUCUCCCUGUCACCUACGCCAACUGACACCACAGAGGACGUUUCAGGCCCAAACCGGCCACCUCAGAUCCCUCCCAGGGACCUUUUGUCACAGCCGGGCUCCAGGACUCCCAGCCCCAUGGGCCUAGUUGUGGGCUCCCCCCAGCAGAGAGUCUACUCUGUCAGCCCCACCACCAUGCAGGCUCCUCUUGCCUCCUGCCCCUCCACAUACACCUUUGGCUCCUACCUCUCCACCUCUCCAGGUAAACUCAUGCCUCCCACGCACAGCUUUGCCUCAGAUCCUAAAUAUGCUGCACCCAAAGUGAUCCAAGCACAUGGGAAGGACGCCGCCAGCAAGGGCCCCUGUAUCCUCCCCAUCGUCCGUGAUGGACGUAAAGUCAGUAACACACAUUAUUACCUACUGCCGGAGAGGCCCCCAUACCUAGACCGCUAUGACCGCUUCUUCAGGGAGGCAGAGGGCCUGCCUGCCAGCGGUGUGGAGGAAAGGCAUGUGCGGCAAGUUAACACCGCCACUGUCAGACCCAUGGUGGUCAGCAGCCAGACUCUCCAGGGACAGGCCCAGGGACAGGGGCUUGUCCAGCCAGGCGAGCCGAAGGCUAAUUUCUCCUCCAACAAUAACAGCAGUCUGGGUGCACCACGGUCAGGGAUGAAGACAUCAGUUAGUCUCCCUCGCGUCUGUUCAGACGGGCUGACAGCAGCGGUGGUGGUCACUGGUUCCGGCAUCAGGACAGACGGAGGAGGGAACUCAGCUGACAGGAUCAAAAUGGUGCAGGAGGCAGUUCACGGUGUCACAAUAGAGGAGUGCCAAGCCGCCCUCCAGAACCACAACUGGAAUGUCCAGAAAGCUGUGCAUUAUCUAAAGGUGGAGCAGUUGUUCUGUUUGGGUCUGAGGAGCAGGUCAGAGUGUCUAAAGCUGCUGGAGAUGUAUGACUGGAACCUGGAGGUGGCCAGCACUCAGAUGUUAGAUAACUAUGGAUCCACAACAAGACAGAGACGGUGACAGGAAUCUCAAGCUGCUGAGCUCUGAUUGGACCUUCAUCCUCAGUAAAACAUCAUCAGAGGAGGUGAAUCUGCUCCUGACCCUUCUUAUUUAUCCAAUCAGAAGACUGUUUUCUGACUAUAGACGAAUCAAGCACAUUUUCACUGAACUAGCACAAAAUACCAAACUUUAUCAUGGCUCUUUUCAUACUUGACACGGACAAAGGAAUUACACCUGGGUGGUAAAAAUUUGGGUUAUUUGGACUUUGGUCUGAACGAGAUGUGAUUGUUGCACUUAUUAAGAAAUGGUAGACUGCCCUCUCCCACCUUUUCCAAGUUGUUGGACACAAAAAUGGCACUGUACUUUGUGAGUUCAAUUUCAUGUGGUGAACCUGAAAUGUCACAGAUCCUGGGUGCUACCACACUGUGUCAGAUACACUUACUGGUAUCCUCACUGCCGCAAUUACACUGUUGACCAACUGCUGAGAGAUACUUUAGCCAUCUUUUCUUUUGUUAAUGUCAUUAAAAAGCCAGUUUGAAAGUGACACCAUACAUCGCCAUGAGGUAACUGUAUUUUGUCAGAAUAUUGCCAAGAACUAUUACUGUUUGACUGAAAGCUGGUAUCUCAUUUAGUGAACAGUGUCAGAAUUUAACCAAAAUACUGUAUAGUGUAUACAGAUUUGACCUCUACCACGUAAAAGCUCAACAAAAACAAAAUUAAUACUUAUUUGGCUGUCCGGGCCAGGAAAUAAUAUAGCCCGUUUACAGUUGUAAAGAGGGGAUAUGAUUAUGAAAAUUGUUUGCUGCUGAAAGACUGUGGAGUCAAGGAAAAAUGUGCAGAAGACACUGCUGAAAAAUAAACAUUUAGACCUCUCUACAAUAAAAAGAAAAGCUCUUAUCCUCAAUCGUUUGUAUAAUACAUUUAGUAUUGACGCAGUGCUGCACAAGAGACAAAGGUGAAAACAGCCCAGUGUUGACCUGAAUCUGAAGAAUUAAUGGAAAAAGAAGAUCAGGGAAGCAGUUUGUCCAAGAUUCACUUCUUUUAAAGACCCACAAAACUGUCUAAUAUAUAUUUGAAGGGUAUAACAAAUAUAUCCUUUAUAAAGAGACAUUUAUGUGUUUGUUAACAAAAUAUUGGCAGAUUAUUUUAAUAUAUUUUGAACACGAUGCUCAGAAACAAGAGAAGACUUAUGUCUAUUACUGGGCAGGCCAUUUUAUAAAUUACUUAAAUGUGUCUCUCCUUGAGUUGAAAACUGAUCUUAGACUUGUCACAUUUGGCUUAAGAUCAAAAGGCCACGCAGUCAGUGGAAACUUCCCACACUCCAGAUUUCCUUAUUCCUUUCCUCUAAGCACUUUGCCCAAACAUAACUCCUGAGCAUCAGCUGAAAACUCCUGCCAGCUGGGUAUUUUCUGCAGACUAUGUUGACAGCUAAUAACAGCACUACAGUGAAAUGUACCCCAAGGCACAGAUCCUGUCCCAUAAUCAUCACUUAAAACCACAACUGUGAUAUUUUGGUUUGGGGGCAAUAAUUUAAAACUGGGAGGACGUGUCAACUCUGUGUGAACAGUAGAGCCCUCUGCAAUGAAUAUAGAAGACUUUUGGGCCUGUCUGGCUUCUUUUCUCCCGUUUUAUUCCAGAUGCACUUAGUAUGUGAGGACUCAACUAAAAGUAAGGGAAAUAAAAGGCAUUCCACAUUCUUUGACUUGAUUUGAUUUGGUCAACCAAAUGUCGAAAAACAAUAGUUUACAGAAAAUGUAUGGUCAACACACAUGAUCCUUCGGUGCUAUAGAAAAAAACUGAGUACUUAUCUAUUUACAUAUUCCCCAUAUGUCCACAAAAACGUAUGUGACAGGUCUCUGGGCACAAUCUGUUUGGGCAUACAUUUCAAAUGGCCUCUCAACAAAAACUAAUAUGGAACCACAACAAGCCUGCUACCUGCCUGUGAAAAUGACAUACAUGACUGAUUUUGGAUGAUAAUCUCCAGUAAAAGCUUUCCUCCGUGUGCAAUAAGGCUGCUGUAGAACCUGUAACCUCCCAGUCUGUCCAUCCAUCAGUGCCAUUCAGUUGUGUAAAAAGAGCUUUUUAUCUCUGCCGUUAUGUAUACUAGUAAAUGAAUGCACAGGAAACACCGUUUUCAGUAACAAGUUUUUGGUGACUCAGUUUUCCUCCCCAGAGAAGAAUGAAGUUGUCCUUAAACACUGAUUCAGAGUCAGUUUUGCCAGUUCUUCCCUCUGUGUUGUGGUAAAGCUAAUUGCUAACCAGUGCAUAAGAACAGCUUAAUGUGAUGGCUGCCUCCACAGUCUGUCCAUGUGUUGUUUUGUCUUCAUACCAAGCUGCUGUAGUUUUAUUGAAGGACUGAAGUGAACCUCGUGGUGUUAUGAUCAACCCAAAGCAACAUGCUCCUGUUGUGGUGUUGAGACUCUGAUGUUAGAAAACUCUGUUCAGUUCAGUUUAGUCUUUGUUUGCCAGAUCAGUUUCUUCAGAAAACUGUCUGCUAUUUUAAGUCAUUCAUAUUGUUUUUGCUGUUUAUUCCUUCAAUCCAACUUGUCAUUUCUUCCUCAUUUGUAUGUAUUUGCUUCCCAGAAUGUUUUAUUUUAAAUGCCUACUGUACAGUUGGAUUUCAUUGUUUCUCUCCUCCUGGGUUGGUGGAAAUGCUCAAGAGAAGUUCAUGCUGCCGAAUUUAAAAAUGUAUUUUUUAUUAAAUAAUUAUUUUUUA